CCGUCGGGGCUCCGCCCUGAGGCCCCGCGCGCGCGCAGCAGGCCCGGUCGGACAGAGAAGCCCGGCCCUGGGCAUCGGAGCCCUCUGCCGGCAAGAGAGGGGUCCGGAGCCGCGGGGGCUCCCGCGGCUCCUCCGCCUUUGCCGCCCAUCCCCCUGCCCUCCCCAAAGCCUAGCUAGCCGCGCCCCUGCGGGAGGGCUGAGGAGGCGCCCGCCAGGGGCAGCCCCCGGGCUCAGGACGCCCCGGAGCUGCCCGUUUCACCGAAGAGGAAACUGAGGCGGUCCAAGGCGGCCGGCUUGCCCAUCGUCCCCAGAGCUGGGAAGCGGGGGAGGCGGCAGGCUCGGACCCCGGGCCUCCAUCCUGAAAGCCAGACUCUGCUCGGUCCCAGCUUGACGCUGCCGGGCGGCAUGCUUCCUGGAGGCAGCCCGAGCGGAUCGGCCCCUGCCCAGCCCUGCCCUGGCCCUGGCCCGCCGGGUCCUGCCCUACUCGGCGGGCUCCGGCGCUUCCCGCUGUGGCCAGCAGAGGGCGCCGCGUCUGCGCCCGCCCAGCUCGGAACAAUAGGCGAAACCGCAGACGGCGAUUGUUACAAAGUAACUCUCCCUGCCCGCCGCCCGGCCGCCCUCGGCCCGGCCCAGCCCUGCCCUGCCCUGUCCGCUCCGCGCCAGCCGCCUCCGGGACCGCCCAGGCUCUCCGCGGUGGGGGUGUGGCCCGCGGGUGGCCGUGGCCGUGGCCCGGCUGAGCAGAGCCGCAGAAGGAGCCCGAGCCGCUCGGACCCCAGCCAUGCAGGGGAGACUGUGGGCCGCGGGAACGCCCCUGGCCGAGGCUGGCCCCCUCACCCCGCCCCCGCCGCCCGGCCCGGGAGCCUGGGACUACCUGGCCGCCUGCUUCGCCCGAGACCAAGUGUGCCUGUCCUUCGGCCUGUGGCUGCUGGCUGCCCUCUUCUGGAUCGCCGCCCACGUCUUGUGCUUCUAUUUGGGAUGCAGCAAGAAGCCCAGUGAAGAGAGGUCUGUGCCAGGUGCCAUUUACCGCUUUGUGGGCAGCCUGAGUGACGCUGUUGGGGCCCUGCUCUCCGGGCAGCUCCCCAUCCAGGUCUUCACUGGCAUUCACCUGGCAGCCAUGGAGGUGGUCCAUCUCUUGUGGCUUCUUUUCCCCAUCUGUGGCCCCAAGAUCAAGCCCAAGGCAGGUCAAUGCUCCUGGGAGAGGCCAAGGAGGAAGAUCCGGGCCAGCGUGUUCGUCCUCCUCGUGCCCCUGGGGGUGGGCACUGGCUGGCUCACUCUGGCUCCCCCUGCUCCAGCUCCCCCAGAAUUCCACGGAGCCCAGAGGAGGCUUCUGGGAAGCGUGCUUCAGGAGAACACGGAAGCCCUCGGCUAUGCGCUGGGGGGAGUCGGGCUGCUUGUGUCCUGGACCUCUCGGAUCCCGUCAUUCUCUAAACUAUACCGAGGGAGAGCGUUCUCCGGGCUCCAGCUGUGGGCCCGCGGCUUCUCGGCGCUGGCCGGCUUCCUCUACGCCUCGGCCAUUGUGGCUCACGACCGGCAGCCCGACUACCUGAGACGAGCCGUGCCCUGGUUCCUCAUCUCCCUCGGGGCCUCCGCGCUGGACCUCGCUCUGAUUUUCCUGUCGUGUGUGCUGCAGAGCAAACUGAGGCGGGUGCUGGGAUUUUCCCUGGAAACCGCGGAGCCCCCUGACACACAGGCCCUCCUGACCCGCACCUGUGACAGCGAUAGACAGGAAGAGGAGGAGGCGGAGGAGGAAGAGAACUCCACGUGGGUCCCGCUGCAUAUGCUCCCUCACACCAAGUAUCUGCAGAAGAUGGCGGCCAUCGGCCGCUACAUGGAGCUGACCAUCGAGCACGUGCAGGAGGUGGGCUGCAGCACCGCACGAUGCCCGGCGGCCGGAGACCCCCCGACCCUGCUGGAGCCCCCGGCCUACCCCCCCGUCCGGGUCAUCCACGCCAGGGUGUCCUCGAGCAGCGCCUCGGACGUCUCCUCCAUCAGCUCCGAGCUGGAGCAAAAGUACUGGGAGGCCCUGAACGCCGAGCAGUGGGACCCUGAAGACCCCCCUCCAGCCCGGAGCAGAGCCCCCCCCGGCCGGGCCCCAGGGACGUCGUCCCACUUCUCGCUGCUCAGAGGCCAGAGAGGCGGCCAGCGGGUCCGAAGCUCCCUGAUGGAGGACCCUGCAGAGCCCAGGACGGCCUCCAACCGGGCCUCCCUAAGAACGGGCCUCCGAAGGCCUCAACGGCCAGCUCCGGCCCCUCCUCACGCUCCGGUUUUUCCUUUCCUGUCUUCACUGAAGGCCGUCCUUGGCAGGACGUCCCGGGUUCCAGGCUGGCCUCAGACACUCCCUCUCGGCGUGACCCUGGGCGAGUCCCUUCACCCCCUGGCGCAGCUCUUUCCGCUCUUCUGCCUUGAAGGGGGGGGUGAGAAGCUCCUGCCCUGAGGACUUUGUUCAGCUGGGAGAGCUGAGAUUGGGAGGGGGCUUGUCCUGCCUCUGCCCAGCCCCUCCGCCUGCUCCCUCCCCUUCACUUGGCCAGCCGCCAGCUUGGGGGAACCAAGGCAGAAGGAGGAGCUGGAUUCGAAUGGGGAACCAGCAGUCAGAGGCCACUUUUCACGGCUGUUGCCACGUCUCCCCCGAGGCCCCCCAGACAUCUGGAGUUGCUGCUCGGAAGGCCUCUGUGGGAGCGAGGCCAUUGUGAGCCCCCUCCAGGCAGGGCCGGGUGCUGAGAGCCCCCUAAUGAAGCGCGAAGGCAGCCUCCCGCCUGCCCUGGGGGAAACUGAGGCUCAGACGACCAGCGCCAAUGGAGCAGCCUCUCAGCAACAUGACCGUGGACUAGAGCGUCCUACCCCUUGUCCGGCCUGCUCCAGCCUUAACUGCCCAGCCAGAGGCCCUCACUAGACACAGCGCAGGUGCCCCACCUCCACGUUUUAGUGGGGAAGAGUGUCCUGGAGGAGGGGCUGCAUGGAGGGCUCCCCUGGACCUCCCACUUCAGCAGCCCCCUGGCAGGGAGGACAGAUGCUGCCUCGGCUGCACUCACUCUCCAGCUGCCUUGGCUGCACUCGCUCUCUCCCCUCAUCCGCGAGGCAGCCCUGUGUACUCACUUUCUAACUCGUUUUCAAAUGUUCCAGAGAGUUUCAGUGGACUUUGAGGGGGCCAGAAAGCCCAUUUUCUUCUAAAAACGCAUUUGCAGGGACACUUCUGCAUAGUUGGUGGACUGGAUUCAGAAAGGAGGCUGGGCCAGGAGCUCAAGCAUCGAGCGAGGCUUCCCUUUGGGUCUCUUCCGCAGCCCUGAACACAAUGGAAGCCGUCCCUGAACCGCUGGGUCUCGGCAGGGUUCGACCAAGGCAUCGUCCUGGUCCUCCCCACAUGCCGCAAGUCAUCCUUUCUGUUGGGGCCCUUUUAGGGAGAGCCAAAACGCCUCCAUGCCAUGAAUAAAUGCCAUUUUUCAGA